UUUUUUUUUACAUUCCCGUGUUUUGUCUUGCCUUGUCUGUUACAGUUUGACGUUAAGGUAUAAAUGUUGCAUUCUAUUCCGUCACUAAUACCCUGACGGUCCCAUGUAAUUACUGCACUUGAACUACUAGUUAUCUAUUGGAUACAGGGUCACAUCUUGUGACCGCUCGGUGUCUGCACCCCCAGCUGUCGUCCUAACAGACACUCCCACGAUCCUGUGCAAAUCAUUAACUGCAGCCUCAGGCCACUACGGAAUCUUUAAAUUAUUGGGUAGUUGGUCCAGAGUUUAUUUAUAUUCCGUGGGGAAAGUACGAGUCGACAUGUACAGCAAGAAGGAAUCCAGGUCAGUGGCUUAUAGGGUGAAGGACUGUGCACUGGUUAUUCCAGCAAAAAUAGUGUUACUUUUUAUGCGAUUCUACAUGCUUUCCAAUUUCCUUCUGUUUCUCUCCCAGGGUGGACCAUCUCCUGUCCUUUACUCCUCGCUAAAUUUCUUCACCACCCAAAAUGUGUCUCUCCCACCUAUCACUCCCAUCUCCUUCCAAUCUAUUUUCCUCCGCCUUGUGCAGUCUGAAUCUGUCCAUUCUCAGUCAUCACCUCCUUUUUUUUUUUUUUUAUUCUUUAAUUUUAUAGUGCAAAGGAUAGCACACAGGCUUGUGAUGCCACAAUAGCAUUGACAAGUAUAUUGCAGACACACAUGUAGAUACAGCGUCAUGGCUUAUGAUAAAGAAAAGUUGCACAUUUUUUAUGGUUUUAAGAAAAAGGCUGAACUAUAGGUCUAAUCAGAAGACUAGAGAAAGUACAGACUCAGGAAAUUGAAUACUAGCAGUACAUUUAUUGAGUCACUUCGCCUCGAGUGUGGAGAAUAUGUGUAUGUAGGUGCCGUGUUAAACAUGUGAAGGAAAAACAUUAGUGCUAGAUUUACAUGUCAUAACUGUUAAUGGGGUAGAGGUAACUUAUAUCACUAGUUAGACAUGAGAGAUGCAGAGAUUAAUACCCCAUGGAGGCCCUCCUGUAAGUGCUAUUAGAGGAGGAAGAAAAACGAAAAUAGUAAACAUUAGAAAAGGUCAAACAGAGAGGAAGGGACCAUAUACCAUGGAAUAGCACAGUGCCCCAAAUUGAGUAUGCUCAAGUGACCAAAAUAAACCCCACAGUUCCCCCACAAAAUUCUGCGAAGCAAGAGAAAUGUGAGCAACCAGGGUCUAUUGAGAACUCCCCCGUUCAACCUAUGCCUUCCAUGGACACAGAACAGUCGUGCACUAGGAAUGAUAUGCUUCAGGUCGGAUGGAAGCUGGUAACUUGCUAUCGAGGUCAGAUACAGGGUUCCUUGCAGCCUCUCCCACUCAAUUUAGGUCCCAGUCGCAGCCCGCAUGCAUGCUCACCACUGCACCUUCUUGUGUUUUGGUGGCCUACGCUGCGAGCUCCGCCACCAUUUUGGUGUCUGCUUCACAGCCAGGGUCAAGGACUCCCAAUCAGCUGCUGGAGGCGGUUAUUGAGGUAAGUCGGUCUCCGAUGGUAGUGGGACCAGUGUGCGCAUAUUGCUUUCCAGCUUCAGCCAAAAGUUUACGAAGAGGCUUUCGAGCCGGGACAGGAUAUCUGGGUGGUGGGUCCUGAGGAACAUACGGUCUUCACCACACUGCGGGUCUCAGUACCGCCAGGCUUGGUGGCCAUAGCACACAUUAUGGCGGGGCCAUGGUGGACUGGGAUCACCCCCACCGGUCCAAGAGGUGGGGCGACUGGGGCACUGGUGCAGGAGUAAUCGCUUCUAGGCACCUUCGGGUCAGGGGAUUGGCUGCCUUUUCCUCCUGGUCCGCACUAGGCCGCAUUUAUCACGGUGGGUCAAGAAGGCCUUGGAAGGAUCACCGAUCGUUGCUUGAAAUAGCAAGUAACAUAGAAACAUAGAAACAUAGAAUGUGACGGCAGAUAAGAACCAUUCGGCCCAUCUAGUCUGCCCAAUUUUCUAAAAACUUUCAUUAGUCCCUAGCCUUAUCUUAUAGAUAGGAUAGCCUUAUGCCUAUCCCAUGCAUGCUUAAACUCCUUUACUGUGUUAACCUCUACCACUUCAGCUGGAAGGCUAUUCCAUGCAUCCACUACCCACUCAGUAAAGUAAUACUUCCUGAUAUUAUUUUUAAACCUUUGUCCCUCUAAUUUAAGACUAUGUCCUCUUGUUGUAGUAGUUUUUCUUCUUUUAAAUAUAGUCUCCUCCUUUACUGUGUUGAUUCCCUUUAAAUAUUUAAAUGUUUCUAUCAUAUCCCCCCUGUCUCGUCUUUCCUCCAAGCUAUGCAUGUUAAGAUCCUUUAACCUUUCCUGGUAAGUUUUAUCCCGCAAUCCAUGAACCAGUUUAGUAGCCCUUCUCUGAACCUUCUCUAAGGUAUCAAUAUCCUUCUGAAGAUACGGUCUCCAGUACUGUGUACAAUACUCCAAGUGAGGUCUCACCAGUGUUCUGUAUAAUGGCAUGAGCACUUCCCUCUUUCGACUGCUAAUACCUCUCCCUAUACAACCAAGCAUUCUGCUAGCAUUUCCUGCUGCUCUAUUACAUUGUCUGCCUACCUUUAAGUCAUCAGAAAUAAUCACCCCUAAAUCCCUUUCCUCAUAUGUUGAGGUUAGGACUCUAUCAAAUAUUCUGUACUCUGCCUUGGGUUUUUACGUCCAAGAUGCAUUAUCUUGCACUUAUCCACAUUAAAUGUCAGUUGCCACAAUUCUGACCAUUUUUCUAGUUUACCUAAAUCAUUUGUCAUUUGGCUUAUCCCCCCUGGAACAUCAACCCUGUUACAUAUCUUAGUAUCAUCAGCAAAAAUACAUACCUUACCAUCAAGACCUUCUGCAAUAUCACUAAUAUAAAUAUUAAAGAGAAUGGGUCCAAGUACAGAUCCCUGAGGUACCCCACUGGUGACAAGUCCAAGCUUCGAAUAUAUUCCAUUAACUACAACUCUCUGUUGCCUGUCACUCAGCCACUGCCUUACCCAUUCAACAAUAUUGGAAUCCAAACUUAAAGAUUGCAGUUUAUUGAUAAGCCUUCUAUGUGCAGCAGUGUCAAAAGCCUUACUGAAAUCUAGGUAAGCAAUGUCUACUGCACCACCCUGAUCUAUAAUUUUAGUUACCCAAUCAAAAAUCAAUAAGAUUAGUUUGGCAUGAUCUCCCUGAAGUAAACCCAUGUUGUCUCUGAUCUUGAAAUCCAUGUGUUUUUAGAUGUUCAACAAUCCUAUCCUUUAACAUGGUUUCCAUCACUUUCCCCACUACUGAAGUAAGGCUUACUGGCCUAUAGUUGCCCGACUCCUCCCUAUUACCUUUCUUGUAAAUGGGCACAACAUUCGCUAACUUCCAAUCUUCUGGGACUACUCCUGUUAACAAUGAUUGGUUAAAUAAAUCUGUUAAUGGUUUUGCUAGUACACCACUAAGCUCUUUUAAUAGCUUUGGGUGUAUUCCAUCAGGUCCCAUUGACUUAUUUGUCUUUACUUUUGACGGUUGAAAUAGAACCUCUUCCUCUCUGUAAACUCACGUGUAAUAAAUGACUCAUUUAUCCUUUUUCUCAACUGAGGUCCCUUUCCUUCAUUUUCUUCUGUAAAUACAGAACAAAAAUAUUCAUUGAGGCAGUCAGCCUGACCUUUAUCCUCUUCUACAUACCUUCCUUCUUUUGUUUUUAAUCUAACUAAUCCUUGUUUUACUUUUCUUUUCUCAUUUAUGUAUCUAAAAAAUGUUUUAUCCCCUUUUUUACUGACUGUGCUAUUUUCUCUUCUGUGUGUGAUUUGGAAGCUCUUAUAACUUGCUUAGCCUCUUUCUGCCUAAUCUUAUAGAUCAUUCUGUCUCCCUCACUCUGGGUUUUUUUAUAAUUCCUAAAUGCUAACUUUUUGUUUUUAACUAUUUUGGCCACAUCUGCGGAGUACCACAGUGGUUUCUUGAAUUUUUGCUUUUACUGACAAGCCUAAUGCAAUUUUCUGUUGCCUUCAAUAGUGCAACUUUUAAAUAAUCCCAUUUCUCUUGGACUCCAUUUAAAUUGCUCCAGUCUGAUAAUGACUCCUCUACCCAUAUUCUAAUUUUAGAAAAGUCUGUUUUUCUAAAGUCUAAAACUUUUGUUUUUGUGUGGUGUGACUCAGUCACUGUUCUUAUAUUAAACCACACUGACUGAUGAUCACUGGAUCCUAAACUUUCACCUACAGUAACAUCUGAUACCAAAUCUCCAUUUGUUAACACUAAAUCUAGUAUGGCCUCUUUACGAGUUGGCUCCUCAACAACUUGUUUUAGAGACAAUCCCAGUAGGGAGUUUAGAAUAUGUGUGCUCCUGGCACAAGUAGCUAAUUUUGUUUUCCAAUUUACAUCAGGAAGAUUAAAGUCACCCAUGAUGAUAACUUCCCCCUUCAUUGUCAUUUUAGCUAUUUCCUCAACUAGUAGAUUAUCUAACUCUUCACUUUGUCCUGGGGGCCUAUAAAUCACACCUACACGAGUUACUGUGUGAUUACCAAAUUCUAACGUAGCCCAAGCGGACUCUAUGUUUGCCUCACUAACUUUUAUUAGGCUAGAUUUUAUGCUAUCCUUCACAUACAAGGCCACCCCUCCCCCUUUCUUGCCUUCCCUAUCUUUCCUAUAUAAAGAGUACCCUGGUAUUGCUAUGUCCCAGUCAUUUUUCUCAUUGUACCAUGUCUCAGUAACAGCGACUAGGUCUGGUGGGCCAAAUCGAGCUUGGUGAGGUUGUACAAUGCGUUCGUUUAGUAGAAUAGUGGAGGCUCUUGCUCGAGAUGUAUCCUUCCACCAUGACAGUCAGGCCCCACCCUGUCAUCAUCUCCUUCAACCACCGAUACUCAUCCCUUAUCUGUCUCCUCCAUCCUGUAACCUCUCCUGGAGAUCCCCUCUCACUCUGCUUAAUUCUGUCUCUCUCUAUGAUUUCCCCAGUGCUGCAUCAUCGUCAUUCCCAUCAUCUCCUUCACCGCUCAACCACCUCUUGCCUUUCUUUCUUUUCCCCAUCCUACUUCUCAGUCCUUGUGCUCUAACAUAUCUUCCUUAACAUUUACGCAUCUUUACUUUCCAGCAUUUGGUAGGUAACUCUUCUUUCGCCAUCCCUGUUCUAUCUUCCCUUCUUAUGUAACAUUUAUCAUCCUCAGCUAAGUUCACUUAUCCCUUUUUUCAUUAAUUCUCAUCCCUACGACCAUUUCUCUUCUCUAUUUACCCCUUUUGCCCUCCUAUAGGAGAAGUGUAAAUUUAAAAAAAUGUAUCCUCUGUAUUUAAAAAAAUAUGUAUUUGUACAGCUUUAAAAAUAACAUUAAAUGAAGAAAUCCUUUGUACCUGUCAGUCAGUAUAGAGAGAGCUACCUCCAUGUUAGCUCCCUGUCAAUCAUUGUUAUAAGCUCUGUCUCUUACACCUGUCUCUUACACCUGGCAGUCAGCAUAGAGAGAGCAUACAGAGAAAAGGAGAAAUGAAACAAUGUUUCUAUUACUCCUCCUCAUUUGCAUUUUGUGCCUUGGCUGUGCCUGAACUGCAUUGCAAUAUCAUUUACCAAAUCUUUAAAAUGAGUUAAAAAAAAUAAAUAAAAAUAGAGCAUUACAUAAAAAAAAAAUGUUAACACAAUUUAUAGGUGAUUCUCAAAGAUUUAGUCAAUGGUGUAAAAGUAAUGGUUCGCUUUUAACGUAUGUUCUUUGUCUGUGUGCUUCUUAUUGCCUACUCCAUCUGACUCCCUUAUCCACAAGCUCCUCUCCAUUUUCUCUCUGUCCUACAUCAUGUUCCUAAACUCCUCACUUUUUGUCUUUUACUGAUGCAGCAUGUCAUCAUUCAGUAAAAUGAGAAUAUAUAAAUAUAAACCAAGAUGGCUGCACUCACCUGACCAUACAUGCAUUAUGCUGCUGGGGCCAAUUCAUGCAAUGUCUUGUACAUUGUAUCCAGCGAACUCUCUCAUUCAAUAAACCGCAAUUUCGAAGCUCACAGAAGGUAAUCAUUUUUUGGCGAGCUUGUUUAAUCAAUACUAUUACAUUCCAUAAGCUUUGAAAUUGCUGUUUAGUGGAAGAGUGAGUGUGCAGGAUAGAUAUAUAAAACCCUAUACAACUUCUGACUCUGCAGAUACGAAAACUGUGAGGAGACUGCCCGCUGGCUCCGAGAUCGUGUGCGCACCCCUCCAUGUAUCGCUAUAAUCUGUGGUUCUGGCCUGGGACUCCUUGCUGACACAUUGUGUGACCCACAAGUCUUUUCCUACAGCCAGAUACCAAACUUCCCAACAAGUACCGGUGCGUAAGUAGUCUUUCAAUGGGUGGUCAACAUAUGUAGAAAUCAGUGGUGAGAUUAGUUUUUCUGGGUUCUGAUGGAGAAAUUGGUGAAGGUUGGACAAGAUUGUGAUCAAGCAAAUAUAACAAACAGGAUUGUAUACCCCUCUACGACUAGGCUAUAAUGCUGUGUACAAUGCUUGAUGGCAGAUAGUUACCUGUGGACCUGAUUACCAGAAGAAUGAAGAUAGUCAUUUUGGGAAUAGGGGUUUUCUAGAUUAUGUGGAACUCCAGAGUAAUUUCAGAAUUCACUGUGUUAAUAACCUGAAUUAGGCAGGAAUGGAGUAUAUAAACUUUUUCAAGUAACCCAAAUCCCUGCUUGAGGGCUCAACCAGAUACCGUUUUUGAUAGCUGUGUUAACGUACAGAAUAUAAUUGAUGUUCUGUAUUGUCAGCAGUGUGUAUGAGAAUAUCGGCCUUAAAACGAAUAGUGUAUGUUUUGUAUGCAUGAUUAUAUGUCGUUCCAGUGCCUGGACAUGCAGGGGAGCUCGUGUUCGGAACUCUACAAGGGAAGUCAUGCGUGUGCAUGAAGGGAAGGUUUCACGUCUAUGAAGGAUAUCCUCUAUGGAAGGUUAGAGACUGUCUCUGUCACUUUACAUUAUAAACUAAAGCCCUAUUCUACUAGCCAGACCUUAAAAGUUACUACAAGCCAUAGAAUAUCCUUUAAGGUGAAUUUCAACUCAACAGAUCUCACGUUUCCCUUGAAAAUGUCUAAUGAUGAGUGGAAAUUUGAGCCUUGAAUAACAGUCUAAUCUGUCAGUGUAUCCCAGUCUGUCCCACAUGGCCAAGUGUGAUCUUCAUGACCUGGUUUGGUCCUUGAUGUCUAUUCUGUGCACAACUUCUGUCUCUAAUCCUUAAUUUUACUUCUCUAAUGCCUGGACGAAAAGGUCUACUAGCUCAGCUCCAACUACCAGUAGACCCAUGACUGCUCUGUCUUUCAUCCUAUCCUGCCAAUAACAGUCCAACAUGGACCCCUAUAUUUACCUAUAUCGCCUAUAUUACCAAUAUUCGCCUAUAUUACCAAUUUGUUCUUUCUGUUACCAGUUUUUGUAAUCAUAUCUCGUCCUGCUCCAUGCAAUACACUUUAGAUCAGAGUCUAUAACCCAUUUGUCAAGUACCUCAUCUUCUCUCCGCUUAUUUUUCUGCUUGGAUUUUCACUACAGCAAGGACACAAACUGUUGGUUUAGUUCAAUUUAAAUAACCUCCAUUGCAAACACUAGAAAGGGACCUGGCAACGAUACAACUGCUACAGGUCUUUGACAAGCCAAAAUCUCUCUUUUAUAACACAACUUUCAUUAAAGUCCAACUUCUAUCAGUCCCAACUCAUUACGGAACAUUAUGUGUUUCCCACAAACCUAUUGUGUAUUGUCUCCUAAAACACCUGUCAUUACCCUCUGUAUGUCCUCACAGGUCACACUCCCUGUCAGAGUGUUUAAGCUGAUGGGUGUUCAAGUCUUGCUGGUGACAAAUGCUGCUGGAUCUCUGUGUGAAACCUACCGGACAGGGGACCUCAUGAUUAUUAGGGAUCACAUUAACAUGCCAGGAUUGGCUUCUUUGAACCCUCUCAUAGGGCCAAAUGAUGACAGGUAAGCAACAGGCGUAUUUAUCCACGGGGAAAAGAAAUAAAGGGAAUGUGACAGGUAUAGAGGAGUGUGAUAAUCUGCAGGUUUGUGACAGCUACAAGGAGAGUAAUAAUCUGCAUGUUUGUGACAGGUAUAGAGGAGUGUGAUACUCUGCAGGUUUGUGACAGAUAUAGAGGAGAGUAAUAAUCUGCAUGUUUGUGACAGGUAUGAGGAGUGUGAUAAUCUGCAGGUUUGUGACAGGUAUAGAGGAGGGUGAUACUCUGCAGGUUUGUGACAGGUAUAGAGGAGUGUGAUACUCUGCAGGUUUGUGACAGGUAUAGAGGAGGGUGAUACUCUGCAGGUUUGUGACAGGUAUAGAGGAGGGUGAUACUCUGCAGGUUUGUGACAGGUAUAGAGGAGGGUGAUACUCUGCAGGUUUGUGACAGGUAUAGAGGAGGGUGAUACUCUGCAGGUUAGUGACAGGUAUAGAGGAGGGUGAUACUCUGUAGGUAAGUGACAGGUAUAGAGGAGGGUGAUACUCUGCAGGUUUGUGACAGGUAUAGAGGAGGGUGAUACUCUGUAGGUAAGUGACAGGUAUAGAGGAGGGUGAUACUCUGCAGGUUUGUGACAGGUAUAGAGGAGUGUGAUACUCUGCAGGUUUGUGACAGGUAUAGAGGAGGGUGAUACUCUGCAGGUUUGUGACAGGUAUAGAGGAGGGUGAUACUCUGCAGUUUGUGACAGGUAUAGAGGCGGGUGAUACUCUGCAGGUUUGUGACAGGUAUAGAGGAGGGUGAUACUCUGUAGGUAAGUGACAGGUAUAGAGGAGGGUGAUACUCUGCAGUUUGUGACAGGUAUAGAGGAGGGUGAUACUCUUCAGUUUGUGACAGGUAUAGAGGAGGGUGAUACUCUGCAGGUAAGUGACAGGUAUAGAGGAGGGUGAUACUCUGCAGGUUUGUGACAGGUAUAGAGGAGGGUUAUACUCUGCAGGUAAGUGACAGGUAUAGAGAAGUACUGAAUUACUAAGAGCCAUACUCUCUGAUCUCACAGGUUUGGCCCCCGAUUCCCCUCUCUGUGGGAUACCUAUGACCCUAACUUACGAAGCACGGCUCUGGAAAUCACCCAUCGCCUGGGACAUGCUAAACUGACCCAUGAGGGGGUGUACUGUAUGGUGGGGGGUCCUAACUUCGAGUCAGUGGCAGAAGCCAAAUUCUUGCGCCUCCUGGGGGCCGAUGCUGUGGGUGAGUAACCAUGGUAACCAUAGGUUGGAGUAUUCUGCUAAGAUAAAGUAAGAAUGAUUUUGGAAGAAGCAUUGGGUUGUGACCCAGUGGGGCUCUUUCAUCAAUUGCAAUUCUAGCUCUAGCAGUGGAGCUAUCACCAUGGGAACCAAUGGGAUGUUUAAAUUAGUGCUCAACAUUUAGAACUCUGACCCAGAAUUUUUCUUGAUACAAAGCCCAGUGUAUCUAUUAACAGAUGCAAUAUUAUUGUCCGUUCCCAGAGUGUACUGCUAAACAAGGGGUGAAUGGGCAAAAAUCUGAAUUUUCAGUGUGUGAGAAAAUUAGGGGAGCACUGGCACAUUUUAGUCUGGGGGCAAAUUACCAUUUUCUGUGCAGUUAACCUUGAGAUUGCUUUGUCAUGAGCACUAUCCCAAAUACUGCUAGGCUCCCCGGUAAUAUGUCAAUAGUCAGUCCAGGCUUAAAGAACAUUGAGAUUACAGGCCACUAGCCCAAACACAAUGAACUGGGCUAGCAAAGACCCUGCAUUACUCCUGUCUGCUGCAUCACUCCUGCAGUACUCAGCACAUAGACAUCCCAGUGCACCCCUGCAGCUAUUAGUCAGAAGACUGAUGCUGUGAGAUUGUAACCGACAGAACCCGGUGUGCCAGUGACAUGGGGGCAUUUGCCUCCUUGCUAGCCUUCAAAUGGUGAAAAGCAAACUCACCUUCCCAUCUGACCCAAAUUAAAGUGCUGAUAUUUAUAUAAAAGUCCUAUUUAUGUUCAGUGACAUUUAGAUAGAGUGGUCUUUUUAUAAAGCACUUUUAAAGCGGAUAUGUAAAUUUCAGGUGUCUUUGCACAGUUUGUGAAGUCCCCCAAAACAGACAGAUCCAGUGUGGGUCCGAUGGCCUCUGGUUGUUCCUCGCGGCCGCCGCCAUCUUCAUGCCGCAUGUCUCUGCAGGUCUUGGCAGAGUACAACAGUGAGAUCAAUGGAGGCACCUGCGAGACUAUGUGAUACUACAUGGACAAAAGCUGACAGAGGAGCUUUGCUGUUUAUAUGUGGAUACUAUGGCAUUAGGAAUACAGCUGUGUAUUCCUAACACUAUCGUGUUCCUUUAAUACCCGAGCCACAAUUUUUCACUAGUUGCUAAACCAACUAUUAAUAUUAGAUAUAAACUGUGAAAGGAACACUCCAAACACAGAGAGCACAUUAACUUGCUUUAUGUGUGAAAAAUGUGUUAAAUUUUACAAAAAGUGCAUGUUUUAAUAGAAAUUGGCACUUUAAUAAAUGUAUCUUGUUACAACUCCCCCCCUCCCCUUUAUUAUUAUAAUGAAACAAAGGGUAAGGUACAAAAAGAGAGAUAUAGUAGGAGUCAGGCAUCAUAAAUUCAUUCCAAAAUUGAAAUUAAAAUGAAAAACUGUAUGCGCAGGAUCCAAUCCCCAGGGGAAUAUUAGGGAGAGUUAGACAGAGGUGGCCAACAAUCAGGUAGGUUAGUCUGUGAGGAAAAAAAAUAUUUUGCCAGUUUAGCAAUUUGUACCUAAAAUUUGAAAUUCCCUUUAAAUUCCCAACAACUGACACUUUUGUGAAUGACCCUGCAAGCGAUCAGUAAGGGACAAAGAUCGGAUUGAAUCAAGUUAUCCGGUGGAAGCUGGAUUCUGGGCAAAUUCUAAAAGACUAUUUACAUUUCGCUGGUUGCAGACAUUAGCCAGAAGACACACAGAGAUUAUAUAAUAUGUAGGAACACAAGGGCCCUCCUAUAAAUCCAAACUAAGCUACGGCAAUGCUAAGGAAAUUUAGCAAGCACUAUAGAUGAACGCUGGUACUCACAGGUCUUUUGUAACAAAUGGAAAAAAUGCAUUAGUGGUCAAUACUUCCACCCCCACAGAGACCUUCAUUAUCGACUAAAACAUUAACUACAAAUAAAUUUUUUCUUAAUUUUGUUGCAUAUGAAUUGAGAGCAGGAAUUGUCUACUACUGGCCCACAGGCAGCUGCCGGCCACUAGUAAACCUGUGAUACAAAAAGCUUUCUAAAUUCAUACAUACAUAUAUAUAGUGUAUAACUGUGCAUCCGCGUGCAACUGUGAAAUGCCCAUUAUGGAAAAAUAAAUGCCAACCAGGGCUUCUCGUUAUAAUGGGUAUAAUAAUCCCGUGAGACUGAAGCAUGUUUGCAGAACCACAGGAUAGUAUUAUUUUCAAUAAUACAUGGGUCACCAUUAUGUAUCUCUUAUAUUACUUAAGUUUUUAGGACUGGGAUUAGUAUUUCAGUCUACAGUUCAUUUUAUCUUAUGAUGUCACGUCCGGCCUCCAGCGAGAUUGGGAACUGAUGGCCAUCAAUUAUUUGAGUGGAUAAAUAUUAGGAGAUGGGAAGGUAAAUGGGGUGCUAUCCCUUGAGAAAGACAUGGUUUUGGUGCCGAAACGUUGGGGGUACUUUAGACGUGCCUAGUUCUUGUAAGCUUGCUGCGAGUUUUUAGCAGUUGCUUUGAUGUCUAAAGCCUUUGUCACUUUCUGUUUUCAUGCAUGUGUGUUUUUUGUACAUAUAUUUUGAUUAUUUGAGUAAUAAAGAUUAUUCUCGACGAUAGGUAUUUGUAACUGGUUUGUAUAAUUUUGCUUGUUGAUACCUGAGGCCCAUCGUGCACUGUGGUCAUCAAACUUUGCAUUCUGGGAAAUAAUUCCUGAAUGAUAUCAUCCGCCAUGCACUAUAGGACUUGAAAACAUGAUAUAAUGGUCCGAUCCUGUAAAAUAUAAUUUAUUAUUGUGAAAUAUCUUAUGUCGGUAAUCUGGCCUCUUUGAUUAUCCACAGUAUGGAUAAAUAACCCACUUGUAUUUAUGAUUUUCUUAGGAAUGAGCACAGCCCCGGAGGCCGUUGUUGCAAAGCACUGCGGGAUGCGAGUGUUCGGUUUGUCGCUGAUCACCAACCGUGUGGCCCAGGGAUACGAGGGGCAGGAGGCCGUAGAUCACAACAGUGUCCUGGAAGUGAGCAAGUGGAGGUCACAGAUCCUGCAAGAUCUUGUUACAGAGCUGGUGGCGACCAUCUGUUGUCAGGUCGACAAUGAUCAGCAGCCAUAUUGACUAUGGGCAUCGAACUCUGACAAGAGACAGCCAGCGGAUGGUGUAUCGUACACUGGGACUAAACGAGCCCAGAACCGAGAUUUGGCAGAGGCUCAUUGUUCUAGAUAGCUCACUGGAGCAGGGCUUUCUUCACCUCUGUUUAAUAGCCCCACUGUAUUAUUGUAAAGCCCUGCAGAAUAUAUUGACACUAUCUAAAUAACAAUAAUGCUGGGGUUGCGAGAGCCACACAUUCUUUCUUCAUGUUAGACAGUGCAGGAAAAGGUCUGCUCUGUGUAAUGUAAAAUAAUGCAUACAUAAAAGACUAGAAGUUAAUGUAUUAAUCAAGAAGCGAUACGAAAAGAACUAGCUACUAAUAUUGCAAUAAAACCAUACUAUAUUAAAAAAAAAUAUUAGUCUAUAAACUUUCUCUUUUGAUGCUCUGCAGCAAUAUGAAUUUAGCUGCCCAAUUGUCAGUCAGUGCUCCUCCUUACAAACACAUGGGUGUAGUGCUGAGCAUUGAAUCCAUGAUACAUUAGCCGCAAACUGCGUCAUCAUUCUGUGUGUGACGACCCUGAAUGUAAAGACCUUAAAAAAUUGAAGAAGUAAAGAGGAAGUGCCUCUACUGUUUGUCUGUCUGUCUGACAGCCACGAGAAGGGUAGU